AUUUCAUUUUCUUCACGAAUUUUGAAUUCUGAGAUUGUAAAACAAUUUAUCCCGGUAAUUUUAUCUUUCCCUUUAAAAAAUAAUUUGGAUCACUCACCGUUCACUCUACCGUACUAUAGCGACAGUUUUGUGCAAUCUAAUUUCUUCUCUUCCAGAAUCUAUAGAGAACUUAAAAAAGUGUUUCAAUGGAGCUGAAUGUGUGCUUUCUAGUGCAAUUGAAGAUCGUCAGGUGCUAGGACUAAUUACACUUUUUCCCUGUGAAUCUCCUCAGUUUAUUCCAGUUAUUUUCAGCAAAAUAUCCGUACUUUUCGCUAAGUUUCCUGGAACCACGGUACAAAAUGACUUCUAUCUUCGAGCAGAUAAAGCUGUUGUAUGAUCAGCAAUUAUACUCCAAUCUAGUCGUCGUUGCUGAUUUAGUUCUUAGUGCUAGUAAUCACUCAAAUGAUCUACUAUCACCUCUAGCAAAAUUUCAAACUUUGGUGUACUACGGAGAGUCUCUUUUCCACAAUGACCGAUAUCGAAAAGCAGAAAACAUCUUUCGAGAGGCUUUGCAGCUGAGAAAAUCAUUCAUGAAAAAUAAAGAGACAGCUAAACUUCUAGAGCAGCAGAAGGAUUUAUUUUCAGAUAUAGAAAUUAAGUAUCAGAUUCAUUUGUGUCACGUGAAUUUACGUCAAAAUGACCAAGCAAUUAAUACCUUACAAUCGAUCCCUGGGAAGCAGAGAAAUCCAAAAAUCAAUAUGGCUCUAGCUAAACUGUAUCAACAAGGAGGAAUGGAACGCUCAGCAAUCACUGCCUACAAAGAAGUGUUGCGGGAGUGUCCAUUAGCCUUGGAAGCAGCAGAAGGUCUUCUGAGUGUAGGAGUUAAAGGCGUAGAAGUCAAUAGUUUAAUGAUAGAAGCCGUAUCCGGCCUUGAUUGGCUAAUCAAGUGGAUCAAAGGACACGCUCAUCUACAUGGACGAGAAUAUCAACUGGCUAUUGCAACGUUUCAAGAUCUCCGACUCUGUUCUCCCCUCCGGGAUAAUCAUAGCAUAUUGGUCUCUCUAGGAGAAGCUUAUCAUCAUUCUGGAGAAGGGGCUCAUGCUUUAAGUACCCUACAAAAUGCUUUUCUAUCAGAUCCUACAAUGAUUCGUGGUUUAGACGCUCUAGCCUCACAACUUUAUCAGAACAAGAAAUUUUCGGAACUAGAGAAAAUAGUCCCUCCUUUGUGGUAUCAGCAGGAGCAUAAUAAGCCUGAGAUAUUCACGACUCUAGGAUAUCUUCUGUAUGCAAAUAACAAUCCUAAUAGAGCAUGCUAUCUUGUCCACAAGGCAUGUUUGCUGUGUCCAAAGAACAUAGAGGCUUUAAUCCUCAAGGGAGCUCUCCUUUAUGAAAUAAAAAAAUUCCAAGAUGCAGCUAUUCAUUUCAAAGAAGCAAUCCAGGUGGCUCCUUACCGGCAUGAACCACACAAAGGUUUGAUUGAUUGUUACAUUGCAAUGCACCGCAUUCGAGAAGCUGUCACAAUUGCAAGUAACGCUUGCAAGCAAUUGGGUCAGACCCCCCGGGCUCUAGUGCUUUAUGCUACAGUCUUAAUGAAGGAUCCUGUCACAGUCUGCAAGGCUAAAAAUCUUUUGGAGAAAGCUCUAGCCCAAAAUGAAACAUGUUUGCCGGCCGUCUAUUUGUUGGCAGAAAUCUAUGAACAGGAAAUGAACUUAGAAGCGGCCAUUUCUCUACUUGAAAGGCAAGUCUCUCUCACUCCAAAUUGUAGACUGCAUCAAAUGCUGGGUGACUUAUUGUCUCGAAUGCAUGAAGAUGAGAAGGCCUUUAAUCACUACCAGAGUGCAUUAAACCUAGAUCCAAAUAAUAGACGAGCUUUGGAAGGAAUGAAUCGCCUGGAUCAACUUUCAACAAGUGGAAUGGGUGGUGCUGGCAAACUUGACUCAUCCUACUACAACAUGUCAGACGCAGAACAGGCAGAUACAUCCUACGAUGUCAACCAUGACCACUUAGCAGAAUUUUCUGACCAUGAAGCAAGCUCUGAAGUGUCUCUCUGAACCCUUCUAGUAGUCUGUGGCCUAAUUUAGCUAGUAUCACUUAAUUUUUGAGGAAUCACCCAUUUAUCUCAUAUCAGAUUGCAAAGAGAUUGGUAGAUAAAAUCCCUUUUGACUUCUUUUAAUGCCUAAUCCUUCUGGAAAGCGAGCGUUGAAGUAAGAUUCUUAUCGUGCACCCUCUCAUACCAUUGAGCUAACUUCAAAAACUAACUUCAGGCUUUAAUACAUAUUUGGUUCUUUCAUUAUAGUAACAAAUAAUAUUUCAAGUAACUCAUUUUUAAAUGUAUUUCUCUCCAUAUCUCAUCCAAAAAAAUUGGAACUUCAAGCUUGAUUCUCUCUGUUUUUGUAGAAGUAGUUGGUUCAUUAUAGGUGUGCCACACAUAUUUUCCACCACAAGUCUUUUCGACAAAAUUUUAGCAAUCCCUGGUUACAGUGUAAGAAACAAUUACAUUCAACAAUUAAGAGUACCUAUUUUGAUUAACUGUUGUAUUACCAGAAAAAUCUUGAAAAUGCCCUCGCUCAUUUAUCCCAGAAAAAUUCAAUGGUUGAGUUAUAAGGGAAAGCAACUUUUAUCCUCUUCAUUUAACAGGCUUUUUUACUCAAUAUACAACAAACAAUUCAUUUUUUGUAAAGUAGUAAUGAACGAUGAUGGUUAAAAAUACCCACCAUCAGUCACACAUAAUAAUUAUAUUUUUUCUCUUCAAUUUUUUCUAUAGAAGAAAAAGUUAGCUCUGAUGUUGGGGAUUUUUAAAAGUUUCCAGUCAUUUAUAAACUUAUAGAUUGUCUAUAUCGCCUAAUUGGGAAAAAUUCCUUUUUCAUAAAUUGUUCAUUCUACCGUAAUGAUUCUAAGUUUACAUGCUGCAAUGGUCAGAUGGCAUUAGAGUUACAUUUCGAAUGUAAUUGCCUCGAUUUUACAAUUGAUUUUUGGCUGCUGUGGCAUCAGUGUGAACUGUCUUUAGCUAGUUGAUGUAAAGAAGAAUCUCAAUUAUUGCUCUCUGACUUUCUGUACUAAGUGCACUGUUGCUGUAGUUUCCUCUAAAAAUAAUGGGCUAAAAAGCUUGGCUAACUGAAGACGCUUGUGGCAUCUUUUCAAAUUUGAUUCCUGAAUGAAUGUGCUUUUUCUCAUUGCUGACUUUAUGCAUUCACAAGCAAGUCAAUUUGAAGGAAAUUACAGUUCAAUGAUAUGAAUUCCUGUAAAAGAAUACGAGAAAAUUAAGUCAGAUUCUAUCCCUCUCAUAGCAUGAAUCCGCAUAGUUGCCAGUCGCUAAGACCCCAAAGUGGCGCUCUGCUAGUGAGCCUGAUCGACUGGUACCAUCGCCACCACCAUUAAUAUUACUAUUCCUCCUUGCGUAAUAGGGCACUUUAAAAGCCACCUGGUAAAUCUUGAAUGAAUUUUUAAAGAGUAAUUCCUUUACAUCAAUGAUAGGUAUUUUUCAACUCAGAAUAAAUUGCCUGUUAAGAACUAUCUUUUGGACAAGUCAAAUGAUUUCCUCAACUUUGGUGAAUUUUUCUCACCAAUUUCAGGCCAAGAACAGCUUUGUCACUUGCCUUCAUGUAAAUACAACUGAAACAUUGUGAUAUGUAUUUAUUUAUAAUUAUAAGUUUCUAUGAUGCACUUGUAAAUUGUAAAUAUUUUGUACAAUAUUGAUCUUUUCUUGAUUUUACAUUCUGUAUUUUUCUAUGUAUACAAAAAUCCUUCAUGCAUAUCUUGAGAACAUUUUAUUACAAAAUGUCCAAUAUUUACUCAUACUAGACUGUUCACUUACUAACCUGAGUAUUUGUUGUGCUUAGUACUGAAAAGGAAUUUUAAAUGGAGGCGGCCGCCACUAACAUGGAAAAUCCCAUAGUUACCUAUGGUAUUGGAUUACCAACUAUUUAUGAGAAGUGGCGCGUUUUUGCCUCUUAGAUAUCCUUUAUGAGAUUAUAUAUGUCAGAUUUUCCUUUUUUAACAUUUAGAAAAAUGGCUCUUAAAACUUUGAAUAUCCUGUAAACCCUUAAAAAUUAUAAUAGAAUUCUUCUCAUUUGGAUUAAUGUUUGUGAACCAGAAAGUCAAGUUUAUGUACUCUUUAUUUUAUGAUCUCUUUUGAUUUGAGCAUCAUCAUAGGAUAAAUCAAUCUUUAUCGUAGGACUCUAUUCCAUCUUACUUCAUUGUGUGUGUAUCACAUUUUUGUUAACUCUUAAGUAGCAAAUUUUUUUUUUUAUUUUCCAAGCAUUGACACAGUCAUUGUAUUCGAUGUAUUUAAAAGUGAAAUUGUUGAUCAUUCUUCCUCUUUUGUACAUACUUUUAUCGGCAACAAUUUACCCAUUUUCUCAGACCUAGGCAAAAUUAUUCAAAUUUCAUUUUUCUAGCGGGACCAACUAAAAAGAAUGAAGCAGGCUAGCUCAAGCAUACCAUCAGAAAAAGAAAGAAAAAGAGUGAAAGUUCUUUACUCAAACUUAAUUGAUGGGGAAGAAGUUCAUUAACCGUAAAGGAGGCAAAUACCUUUCAAAUAUUGAAAUUUCGACCCUUAAAUUACUCUCCUCCACAUCAAUGUUAUUAAGUUGUACAUUUUCAUCUGGAUAGUCCUCCAAAUAAAUUAUCCUGUGCUAGUUUUUUCCUUCUUCUUUGUUGCUUUUGCCCUCAUCAGGUAAUGUCUUUUUUUUACAUGACUAAAGUCACCUUUGAAUAAUUUAUCUGAUGUAAUUUCUCCUAAAAAUUCAUCAGGAAAUGUAAUGAUGAUUCAUAACAAUUUUUUACAAACAAUUGCUUAUCUCUUUAUCAGUGUAAAUUCACUUUCUUUGUAAGUACCAACAAUCCUACAUGCAGGACGGCUUUAUUCCCUCCUUAACAUGUACCGAAAUUUCAUUACUGUAAAUAUAAGUAUGUAUCCUGAGAUAUGUGCUCUAGACAAAAUUUUUGUAGUUAUUAAAUCUAUAAUAUUUAAA